UUUAUGCUAGUAUACAACCUUAUGAAAAUGUCAUAUUUCUUCUUACUUCCUACAAAAGUCUUGCUGUCUUUGCUAUAUCUCAGCAUGGCUUGCUUUCCCUUGCUGGCUAGUUCCGAAAAUCCGGUCUCAGAACAGGCAAUCCUGCUGAAAAUCAAGCAGCAAUGGGGUAAUCAACCCUCAAUGCAACAGUGGACUUCAACCAGCUCCCCAUGCCAUUGGCCCGGAAUAAUUUGCACUGGUAGCGAAAGCAUAACCGGAAUCUCACUGAAUAGCCAAAACAUCAACGGAGAGAUCCCUUCGUCCAUUUGUGAUCUUAAAAAUCUCACCCUCCUUGAUCUUGGAAACAAUAACAUCCAAGGUAAUUUCCCCACUUUUUUAUAUAAUUGCACCAAGCUCCAAACAUUAGUCCUAGCUUCAAACUACUUUGUUGGGCAACUGCCAAAUGAUAUACAUAAGCUUUCUCCUAAUCUUCAACACCUUCAUCUUAGUGAGAACAAUUUCACUGGUAGUAUCCCUGCUUCACUGGCUCGACUCGAAAGGUUGAUCACCUUGUAUUUGGAUUCCAAUUUGUUCAAUGGCACAUUUCCUUCGCAGCUAGGAAACUUGGAGAACCUAGAAGAAUUGGCGUUAACUAACAACUCAUUUACUCCUAUGAAAAUUCCCAAUGAAUUUGGAAGGCUUAAGAGCUUAAGGUUUCUUUGGAUGGAAAAUUGCAAUUUGAUUGGUGAAAUUCCUAAUGAUUUUGCUAGUCUAAAGAGCCUUGAGCGUUUAGACUUGGUGGAAAACAACUUAGUUGGCGAAAUUCCAAGUGGGUUGUUCUUGCUCAAGAACUUGACAUAUAUGUACUUGUAUAAAAAUAGGCUAUCAGGGGGGAUUCCAGCCUCGAUCAGCUCCUUGAAUUUGAAGGAAAUCGAUCUCUCGAACAACAAUCUGACAGGAACUAUCCCUGAAGUAUUUGGAAAUCUGCAAAAAUUAGAGAUCUUGAAUUUAUUUCAGAAUCAAUUCUAUGGAAGAGUACCACCAAGUAUAGGCUUGCUUCCUUCUUUGAAGAUACUGAAGUUGUUUAGCAACCAGUUUUCAGGUCCACUUCCCUCAGAACUGGGCCAACACUCGAAACUACAUCGCUUUGAAGUGGCAGAUAAUGCAUUCACAGGCAAACUCCCAGAGAAUCUUUGCUACAACAGGAUGUUGUUAGGUGUUGUGGCAUUCAACAAUUAUCUGAAUGCGACAAUCCCAGCAUCUCUAGGCCAAUGCGACUCUUUGCUUGUGGUUUUACUCAACAACAACAGCUUUUCAGGAGAAAUUCCUAAAGGCUUAUGGUCUUUGCAGCAUGUUCAGACCAUACGACUUAGCAACAACCAAUUUUCAGGCCAACUUCCUGAGCAUUUGGCUAGGAACUUGAGUCGCGUGGAAAUCAGCAACAACAGAUUUUCAGGGAAAAUUCCAUCAAGUGUAAGCACUUGGAGAAAUUUACAAGUGUUUGCUGCAAGCAACAAUAUGAUCACAGGUACUGUUCCAUUGGAAUUAACUAGCCUUACGCGCCUUAGCAUUCUCUUGCUCGGUGGAAAUCUACUCACAGGUGAGCUUCCCUCAGAACUUAUCUCAUGGCAAAGCUUGAACAGCUUGAAUCUCUCUUAUAACAAGCUUUCUGGCUCAAUUCCCUCGGUUCUUGGCUCUUUGCCUGUUCUUAAUUAUCUUGAUUUGUCGGAUAAUCAAUUUUCUGGCCAAAUUCCACCCGAAUUGGGCAGCUUAGUGCUCAAUUCACUUAACCUUUCCUCAAAUGAGCUUACUGGGAAGAUACCGUAUGGGCUCGAUAACAGUGUAUUCAAGGCUAGUUUCUUGAACACCAAACUAUGCUCUGAUGAUAGAAUUUUAGACCUCCCAAAAUGCUCAAUUCAUCGAAAAACCCCAAAAACGUUGUCCUCAAAAUAUCUAGCUUUAAUUAUAGUCCUUACUAUAGUUGCCUUCCUAGCUAUAUUAUACUUCAUAGUGGUCAUAAUAAGUGAAAUCAGGCAAAGAAAAAAUAAGCAAGAACGCGAUACUUGGAAACUGACCUCUUUCCAAAGGAUACACUUCACAGAGCAGAAGAUCCUUCAUAACUUAAUCGACAACAACGUUAUUGGGUUUGGAGGAUCCUGCAAAGUUUACAGAAUACCGGUUAAUCAAUCAGGGGAAGUUGUCGCAGUUAAGAGAAUAUCGAACAGCAGGAAUAAGAGCAACAGUUACGAAAAAGAGUUCACUGCUGAGGUCCAAAUUCUAGGUACAAUAAGGCAUCUCAACAUAGUGAAGUUACUUUGCUGUAUUUCAACUGAAAGCUCGAAAUUGCUUGUGUAUGAUUAUAUGGAGAAACAAAGCUUGGAUAAGUGGAUCCAUGGGAGUAAAAGACGAGCCAAUUUAUCGAUUAGUGAGUCGGUCCAUCAUGCAGUUUUGGACUGGCCUACUAGAUUGAAAAUUGCUAUUGAUGCUGCUCAAGGAUUAAGUUAUCUGCACCAUGAUUGCUCACCUCCUAUUGUUCAUAGAGAUGUGAAAUCCAGUAAUAUUUUGCUUGAUUCCAAAUUUAAUGCCAAGAUUGCUGAUUUCGGGUUAGCAAAGAUUUUGGCUAACCCAGGAGAAUCUCACACAGUCUCUGUUGUUGCUGGAUCUUUCGGAUAUAUGGCUCCAGAAUAUUGCUGUACAACCACGGUAGAUGAGAAGAUCGACGUCUACAGCUUUGGAGUAGUUUUACUUGAGCUAGUGACGGGGAAAGAGCCCCACAUCGGAGAUGAGAACUCAAACCUUGCAGAGUGGGCAUGGAAGCAUUACAGUGAAGGGAAUUUAAUUGAGGAUGUUUUCGACAAGGAAGUGCAGGAGUCUUGCUACUUAGAAGAGAUGAACAAUGUGUUCAAGAUUGGGUUGAUGUGCACUAGCACAUUACCUUCUUCAAGGCCAUCAAUGAAGCAGGUUUUACAGAUACUUGAACAAUGCAGCAAUCUAGAAGAUUUAGAUAGAGCUAAGGCAAGGAAUGAGCGCGGAAUUAUCCCUCUUCUUGGGGUGGGAAUUCUAUCAGUAGUAGUCUAGCUGUAUAAAUUCCAACAGGACACUUAACAUAGGAUAUCUUGACACUUAAGUUAGAUGAGAGCUAGAUAACAGGAAGUGCAGAAAAUAUUGUCUUCCAUUCAUAAUAACACAUACUUCUUAGUAUUAGAAUAACCAAAACACUUCAUUUUUUCCCUUUGUUGUAGCUUGUUUCAAGUUAUGAGUUUGAUUAUACAGUUCCAUGACUCAUUACAGUUGUUGCAGUAUUCCACAACUUUCCCUUUCCA